CUGACAGAUUCUCUAUGUAGUAUAGUGCAAAAUCUAGUUAUAUACUUAAAAAUUGUCUAUUCAAAUACCACCACCAUAAGAACCAAUCCAGAAGAAGUUGUUGCCUGUGAAGGAUGCCUUCAGCAGCGAAUGCAAAGUCCGAAAAACCAGCCUCUUCGGAGGCUACGGAUAAUUCACCUGUACGGCAAAUUAUCACCGUUAUUGAACACAAAAUACGCAAUUUGGAAAAAAGAAAGAGUAAGCUGACAUCAUACCGUGACCUGCAAAAGGCUGGUAAAGAAUUAAACACAGACCAAAAAGUAGCAGUAGCAAAGUAUGAUGAGGUUGUGCAGACACUGGAUUUUGCAAGAGACCUCUCUAAACAAAUUACUGCUAUUGUGUCAUCAGCCGAGCGUGAGGCCAAGAAGCAGGCUAAAAAGGAUGCAUGGGUGCGAUAUGCUGCUGAAACAAACAAAAUCAGAGAAGUUUUGCUAAUUUUGGACUGCCUUAUGCAAAUGGGCAGCUCGGAAGCUCGUGAAGACUUCUUGAAUGGAACUAAUGGAGCAGCAAAACUCACUGAAGAUGAUUUAAAAAUUUUGGAUGAAUUAUAUCCUGAAGUUACACCAAAACAUGAACUAAAUGAGGAAGGUCAAUCGGGAUUUCACAUGCAAACAGUUAAAGCUGCGGAACAUUUAUAUGCAAUCAUUGACGGAAAACCAAAAGAGAUUUUGGGCACAACUUAUGCUCACAUCAAGGAGAUAGUCACUACUGUUCAUGAAUGUGGAUAUUUUGACAAGAGCGGUGAUGAUGCUACUCCAGUCGAGAAUGAUGAGGUUCAUGUCAUAGUGGAUGAAGAACAACAGCAUGUGAUUACUUUGGAAGUGGAGGAGACUAAUGCUGUACCUUAUCCUCCUCCGGCCAUGCUGCCCCCUGCGCCCGCGCCCUCUGUGGUACCCGCGCCGGCCUACCCUCUGCGUCCUCUGCCUCCUAUAACCCUUCAGGAAGUCGAGCAUGCAUAUUUCUCUCAACAGUAUCCCCAGCAGAGACCUAUUUCAGAAGUUAUAGGUUCACAAAACUUCUUCUUUCUCCAGGAUUCCGAAAUUGACAGUCCCAUAGGUACUCCGCAUCCACCACAAAUUAUGAAUCAGCCAUCUCCACCUGCACCGAUCCCCACACAGACAUUCACAAACCAACACUUUGUGCAAUUACCUGGAGCCCGGGUACCUGAACAGACUAUGCCCAUGCCCCCGCAGCCGCACUUCGCCCCGCACCACGAGCACGCAGGGUACCCGGGUGUCCCCCUGCCGGCUUCUCUGCCUCCCCAGCAACCCCUUGUUCAUCCCCAACCCAUCCCCCAGCCCCAGAUGCAGCCCAUGCCACAGCCGCUUCCUCAAACAGUUCUUAUUGAACAACAACUUCCAGUACUGGUUGAAGAGAGAAAAGCUCCCACUCCAAAUGAGGACAAAAAUGAAGACGAGUGGAAAGAAAGCCGAAGCCCCGAGAAUGAAGAAGGCUACGAGCGCAAAACUCAAGGCCAAGGAGAUGGUCAAAAUAGAUACAGGCGAUAUGGUCGUACGGUGAUCCGGGGUUCCUCCAACGGAUAUCGCGGACGUGGUUCCUACCAAAACAGACAAAAUGAUGGAUACCACCCGCGCGGUGAAUAUCAGAACAGAGGAAACAAGGAUGGUUAUCAGAACAGACAGUAUGAUGGCUACCAGAACAGACACAAGGAUGGGUACCAGAACAGGGCCGGCAGCGAGUACUACGGCAACGGAGACACGGGCGACAGCCACCACCACGAGAACGGCGGCCGCGACAGAUACGACACUAACCAGUAUCAGGGAGGAUUCAAAAGCCGCGGCCGGGGCGGGCCCCGCGGAGGCGCGCGCGGCGCCCCCCGCGCCCCGCGCCCGCAACACUACAACCGAAAACCUGACAAUGUCGAAUAACUUGCGAAGCCUAACAAAUAUAUCAUUAUAAAUUAGGCAUCGCACUCACUCUAAUGAUGACUCAAUCAAAUCAUUCGUGGAAGGCAAAUUUCACCGGCAACAACGCGCUGGGGCAACAACAAAACAAGAGAUUAACGCUAAAAAAAUAAAAAAAGAAUAAAAAAAAAGUAAAAUAAUAAAAUUUGAAACUAAACAAAAAAUAAGUUUACAUGAGUUUAGAUGUAUGAUAUAUGCAAUUAUAAUAAGUUACGUUAAAUCUAGAUUCUUGUAUAGGUUUAUGUGACGCAAGUGACGGCGCCGACGCCGCCUCGUGAUAUACAGAAGUACAGGAGACGUGCACACCACUGAUCACUGACCACUGACCAAAUGUCAACCGCGAUCCUUCCAAUUCUCAGUGACCUUUCUAUUUUAAUUACACUCUGUAUUUUUAUGUAUUAACGAACUAUUUUAUGUUUGUUUUCUUUUAAUGAUUAUGAUAUGUAUAAACCAGAUGAUUUUAAUAAUUUUGUAUUGUCCGCUUCUUUGAAUGUGUUAAUAUGUUAAUAAUAAAAUUGCAAUGAUUCACUUUUUCCACUGUCUCACCAUUUUGAGAAUCUUUUUUUAUAAUAUUUUAAUUUAACAUCGUGCGAGAUGUUAUGAAAUUGCAGGAUGUGAAUAAUGUGUCUUUGGUAAAUUUGGUUAAAAUCCAUUUUGCCUCUCUAUUUCUUUACAUCGUUCUCAAUAGAGGCUGUGUGCAAGCAAAUUAAAGUAUUCUAUGAA